AUGUCGCCGACAAAACGGCAUAUGAAAUUGCAACAGGACUAUAAAAAGCCAAAGAGAACGAAAGUGGACCAAGAUGUAAAAUGCCCGAUAUGCUUGAAUGUGGCCGAAGAUCUCACUUUACUUAGUACGUGCACGCAUGCCUUUUGCUACUCUUGCAUUGUUCGUUGGAUUACACAGAAGGCCAAUUGUCCUUUGUGUAAAGUCCCAGUUAAACUUAUGAAACAUAAUCUUCCUCAGAAAUGGGAAGAAACGGAUGGAUACUUCGUUCGCGGAGAUGAGUAAGUUUUUACAAUUUAGUUUUAUGCAUGGUUUAGGCUUGAUGCUGAGGAAAAGAUUGAAGAGAGUGAGUUUAAAGAAAUACGGAAUAAAGAAAGGCCGUUCACCGACGAAAUACAGUUGAUGAGAGAGGUCAUGAACGAUCUCAACGUGGAAAAGUACAAAUUGACGUAUGUGACUUUAAUUUUAAAAAAGUGCUUAGGUCGACAUUAGAAGAGAGAAGCGAUGCCGCCGAGAAAAUCAUUGCUAUUGCAGACUUGGCUAGACGAAGUGGAAGGUUGUCAAGGUAAGAGAAAAUGUAUAUAAGAGGAGAUUUGACGAUAAAGCCUUAUUUCAGACGUCGUUUUGUCUCCGAUCCGAUAUUUCGAUUCGUAGCAUACUCAACCAAUGCGGAUCGAACCACGCUGAUCAAAACGAGCACUGAUGUUGAUGUAACUCCCGAAUAUGUAGAGAAAAACUAUGAUAAACUGAGAAUGAAGAUUGUUCCGUUCGUGAUAAGAGAGUUGCGCGCAAUCACGUCUGUCUCGGUUUUCAGCAUCGACAAUCUAGUAGAGCUGUUCUUGUGUUGCAUGAAGAACAUGACAAUAUAUAAGAACCAACUUCAAGCCACGCUCAAAUCUAUGGGUGUUAGGCAUCCACUGACUGUGUAUAACACCGUGUUGUCAUUCGUGUCUGCUAAUCAGAGUUUAAAACUUUAUGAUUCGAAUUCUAGAUAUGUGUAAGUCAAGAUCUUUGUUUUUAAUUUCGAUUCUUUCAGACGAAGGAUAACGUUAAGUAACAACUUUGUCGAAGAUGAAGUUAAUGGUCAAGACGAUCUCAUGUUGUUACCAGCCCAACCGUCUUCCGAUGAUAACGAUGUGAUGAUAGUCGAUGAGCUUCCGUCUUCUUCCAGGAGAACCAGACAUCCUUUUCCGACUUCUCAAGCUUCCUCAUCCGGUAUUCCCGAUGUUUCCCCAUUGGCUUAUGUGCCGAAUCAAAUUCGAAUGCAAUUUAGAGAUAUGUUAAAGAGAAGAAAUGGGACGGAAGAAACGAAUGACCGAGGUCGGAAUUCUGAGGUAGUUGCCUUUCAAGUUUACUCCCUGCGCUUUUGUCCGUAAUGUGUAACUGAUGUACAUUUUAGAUACAAGUGCUGCCGUCAGAAUUUGAUCCUGUCUUUAUCUAUCCGGGUUUCCGAGAUCCGAGAGCUCGACUGCCAACGCCUGAUCCAGCUGAUGUUAUGGUACUAGACUCUGAUUCGGAUUGA